AGUAAAAUGUCACAACAUGCAGACAUUGUGAUAAUGUUUCGUACAAAACGGUGAUGUAGAUGAAACGAUACCAUACUGAUGUAAAGAUUUCUGUAACUGAACAUCAGCCACUGUCCCACAUGCAGAUGCUCUUGAAAGAUUAUUUUAAAGUUAGAACUUCCCUUGAAUACACCACUAAGGCUUAGCAACAAACAAGCUAUUGGAAAAAUGUAUUGCCACUGAGACCUACCACUGUGGAAAAUUCUAGAUUCCAAGAGAAUAUCAAUUGUCUGUAUUAGAACCUAAAUUAUUGCUUUUCUCGUGCAGGAAAUGUCAGGACUCAAAGAUCUGCCCUUAAUCCAGACCAAGUGGAAAAGUGUAUAUUUUAAAGGAAAACAUGCACAUUUAAUGAAUAAACAUGUAAUGUUUAAAGGAAUAAAUGAUAAAAUAGCAGACACAAUAGACAAACGGUGUCUGUUAAAAAUUCAAUCCACGUAUUUCAUCUAUACCUAAGCCAAAGUACUGAAACAGUAUACGAUUUGAUAAUUCAUCCUAGUAUCUUAGAUUACAUAAUUAAUGGCUGAGGAGUCGUGCACCAGUGGCCUGGACUAACAGUAGUUAACUUCAAUACAUGCAUUCAAAGUAAUGAUACAGAUCUAGUGAUUGUGCCACACAACAGAAACCUAAAUUAAAAGACCAUGGUGGUGUACUUCUAAAAUUAAUCUAAAUUAAAUGUCUAAUGAAAGUUAUAUUUUUCCAUAGGCCAAAACAUGUUUGUUUUCCUGGGCACGUUCAUCCUCACAAGUCAAGGUUUUGUGAUAAUGUACUCUCCACAAAAACCCUUGACGAAUGUAGCUAUUCAAAUUUCGGACCCAAGCUUUGCAAUGCGUAAUAUGUUAAAAAUAAAGUGUUCAAUGAAAUGGCUCUUUUCAAAACGAAUUUCGAACUGAACACAGAGAUGACUGAUCUGCAUGGUCUAGAGAGAGAAAACGGUGGUAUUUGUUUUAAGUUGAUAUCAUUGCAUAUGCGACAAGAAAUUGAAAACAUUUAAAAACUUGCCAUCUUUCGCUCACAGUUAUCAUUGUUUACAUCUACCACAUGUUUAGAAUGAGAACUGCUUUUUGAUUGGCUCCAGUGUAUGAUUUGGACCCAACGGAAUAUGGACUCCUAAGGCUGAACUUUAAAAAUAGCUACAUUUGUCAAGGGUUUUUGUGAAGAGUGCGUAAUCACAAAACCUUGAAUAGUGAGAAUGGAGUGCGUUCAAUUGGACAGUUUUCAUUUUGAGUUUCAAGAAAAACAAUUUCAGUUAAAUCGUGUCACCUAAAGUUUUUCUUCUUUCAAUGUAUUUUUUUUCCUUCAUCAUUGAGAAAAUUUUACGAUCAAUACAAAACAUGAUCAGGGAUGGUAUGCAACACUGAGCUGCAGGCUGUUUCACUUUUUCAAGAUGAUAACUAGGCUUGAUAAUGAAAAUGACAAGUAUGUUCUCCCAAUCUUAACUAGUUACUUCACAUAUGAAUCAAUCGGUUUAAAAUUUUAAAGAAUAUUACAACAUCUGUGCCACUUCCAUCAAUUUUUGCAAUUGAUUUAUUGGAAAUUUUGUCACCCUGAUCCAGUUCUUAAUAUGCACAUUGCAUCCCAAGGCAUAGGUAUACAUACCGUGGAAUACGAACAAAAUAUCGUACGAGUGAUAUCCACUGGAUAAAGGGGCUUUUAUCAAUAAUGUACAUUCCACCAAGAAUUUGUUCCCGACAUCUAAGGCAGAUCCUUCGGAAAACAUUUUGUCGUCUCUCUUCAACAACCUCACAAGAUGUCCCUCAUGUGUGUAUCGUUGGAAGUGGACCAGCGGGAUUUUACACCGCUCAGCAAAUCCUCAAGGGCCACCCAGCAGCCAAGGUAGACAUUCUCGAAAAAUUACCAGUGCCCUUUGGACUUGUGAGGUUUGGAGUUGCCCCCGAUCACCCAGAAGUCAAGAAUGUCAUUCAUACUUUUACCACCACUGCCAGAAAUGAGAGGUGCACAUUCAUGGGUAACGUGGAAGUCGGUAAAGAUGUCUUCGUAGAAGAUCUUCAGAGAGCCUACACAGCUGUUGUACUGUCCUAUGGUGCUGAUGACGACAGAACACUGGCCAUUAAAGGGGAGAAUGCUUCCAAUGUGAUUUCGGCCAGAUCUUUUGUUGGUUGGUUCAACGGACUGCCCCAAGACAGAGAGCUCAGUGUGGAUUUAGACGUGGAGAAUGUUGUCAUCUUGGGCCAGGGUAACGUAGCACUAGAUGUGGCUAGGAUUUUGUUGACGCCAAUAAAUAUACUGCAGAAAACAGACAUAUCUCAGCAUGCACUGGAAGCUCUCUCAAGAAGUCGAGUGAAAAAGGUGUACCUUGUGGGUAGACGGGGCCCCCUCCAAGUGGCCUUUACCAUCAAAGAGCUGAGGGAGAUGACCCGAUUACCGGGCUGUAGACCCGUCAUACACAAAGACGAUGUAUAUAAUCUCAACCAGGUUAUAAAAGAUCUCCCCCGUCCCAGAAAGCGGCUAACAGAACUCCUGUACAAGACCAGCAUGGAGACCUCCGAUGCAGACGCCAGCCUAUGGGCCCAGGCAUCCAAAGAAUGGGAGCUUAGGUUUAGACUCAGUCCCACAGAGAUCAUUGAGAAGGCAGGAAAGGUCACAGGGGUCAAAUUCUGUGUUAAUCAGUUACAGGGAGAUGAUCUGGUAAACAAAUCAGCGGUAUCGACCGAAGAAACAGAAGACAUUGAGUGUGGACUGGUUUUCAGAAGUAUAGGAUACAAGAGUGUGCCCAUAGAUCUAGGUCUACCAUUUGAUGAGAGGAAGGGCAUCAUUCCGAAUAACAAAGGAAGAGUCCUGGACAGGCCAGGUCUGUACUGUAGUGGAUGGGUAAGCACAGGACCAGUUGGGGUAAUUCUGAAUACCAUGACAGGAGGAUUUGAAACAGGGAAAAUAAUUUUGAAAGAUUUAUCUGAGGGUGUUCUCAGCACAGAGGGAAAACAAGGGAACCAAAUGAUUAAAGAUGUAUUACAAUCUUCAGGUAAACAGAUUGUGACGUUUUCUGAUUGGGACAAGAUCGACGAGGAGGAAAUCAGACGAGGAACUGUCAUAGGAAAACCAAGAGAGAAGAUUGUGGACAUCUCAGAACUGCUGAAAGUCGCACACACUUAACGUGGGCGUGUUGUAAACGUAGUUUCUGUUGUGUAUUAAAGACUUCAUUUUAUGGCAAACAUCGAAAACAAACAGGAAGUAAAGCGUAGAAGGUAUGGAUUCAUAUCUACAAAGAUUUGAAGUUACAUGAAAUUCAAGAGAACAAUGCAGUGAAUUGUUUGAAAGCUCGAGAGCGAAAAUGGGCAUCAAGAUUGUCAAUCUAUUUGAUGAAACACACAAUGUAAUAUGUUGUCUGUGAUGUAAUAAACAGUUUAAAAUGAU